UAUAUAUGUUUCUCUCUCUGUCUCAGAUCUAUUUUGAGAUGGAAUCGUCGUCGGUGGCGAUGACCGUGUGUCUUCAUUUCCAGAAGUCCCCCAGUGUAGUUCAGAACAACCCUCUGAAGUUCAACUUGCUGGUCAAGGAUCAACAGGCACCGCAGCCCCCAGCCCAGAAGACAUCUGUUGUCAGCACCAAAGCCAAGAAGAAACCAAUCAAAGGCAAGAAGCCUGUAGCUAAAGAUGUCACAACCCCAGUUAAACCUGUUACUCCCACUACUACCAGCACCAAUGCUACGGUCUCAUCCUCUCAGCCUGUUGCUGUGGCUGCCAAGCAACCAGGAAGUGACGUCGUGGUGAUGAAUUCCGACGGAAAGGCAACGGUGGCGGAGUCUGAAGGGAAAGAGGGUGGGAUUUCCUCGACAAAAGAUGGGAAGAAGAAGAACGCUCAUCCUCCCAAAGAGGACGGAGGGAUGAAAACUGAGGAGGAGGCAAAAAGAAACAAGGAAGACACUGCGACCGUCGUCGUUUCCGCCUCGUUACCUACGGUUGCCGUGUCCGCUCCCGAGGAAGAGGUCGCCAUGGAAACCCAGAGCACCGACGGCGUCGCCUCGACCAAUGAGGUUGCAGCAGAACCCGAACAGGUUCUAGCUGCGGUCCCACAACAGGGCAGUGAUGUCAUUGCGUUGGUUAGUGAAACCGUGAUGACUGUGGCCACAACAGAACCUUGUCUGAUCUCCGCUGUGGAGGAAGCUGAUAACGUGGCCAAUCCUAUCGACUCUGACACCGUUGCUGCCUUUGUACCGGCACAAACACCGGCUCCUGUCCCGGUAGAGUUAAAUGUUGAAGACAAACCUCAGGACUUUCCUCCGGUCACCGAGGAGAUCCUCAAGGCCCUGGAGGCAGCGGUGCACCAACACCGUAUGGGGAGACUGGCGGAGGAACAGGCUAAACAGGAACACAACCAGGGAGAGGGGAUCCAGGCCAAGCCUCUACCCAACCAGGAGAGCCCUGCAGCUGGGGAGACGGCGGAGAGAAAGACCCCGGCUGAGUCAGAAGAGAAGACUGGGGAGAAAGAGACGACGAAGAAAGAGGAGCCACGACCAGAGAAGAAGUCACAGCCAGACAAGAAGACCACCGACACGAAGAAGACACCUUCAGGAUCUGGCCAACCAGACCACAAGAAUGUACGUAUCAUAAUAAUAAUGUGAAUUUAAGGGACAGAUAUCAUUUAAACCUUGACAGAUUUGAAUCACUGACAGUCUGAUUCAUUGCACCUUAUUGUAACCGGUGUG